AUGCGAUGUGAUCGCCAGCUCCCAUGCCAGUCCUGCAUAAGCAAAGGAAUCGAGCUCACCUGUAGCUAUCCCCCAGCCCCGCAGAGUCAAGGCGUAAAUAGUGUCGGAGACAGAAUCCGACAGCUCGAAGCCUUAAUUCAAUCCCUCGCCCCGCGACAGCAGACAUCCUUGCCGAUCGUCGGAGCUGUUGGCGAAGAUAAUGAAAGCUCUUUGCCAGGCUCUAUCAACGGGGGCCUGGUACAACUCACUUCCACGUCUGUUACCUCCGUGUCCACAUCUGAGUCCCAGGAUGGUGGGAGCGCUCAGGUCCACUGGCAUGGCGAGAAGUACGUCAGCAGUGUGCACUGGGCCGCCGUUCUUGACAGCAUCUCCGAGCUUAAAGAUCAGUAUGAGAAGGAAGAGGAAGCACGGAUGCAGCCCGCUACGAAUGAUUUCAUUCCAUAUUAUACACCCGGUCCUCGAUUGCUGUACGAACCGGUUCAGGCGAGUAGGCAGGAGAUACUCGCUUCGAUCCCGGAGAGACCCGUGGUCGAUAGGCUAGUUGCACGGUACUUUAACGCGCAAGGUCUUGCGCCAGCAAUACUCCACAGUGGCCAAUUUCUUCGAGAGUAUGAGAUGUUCUGGCAGAAUCAAAAUGACACUCCCUUUACGUGGAUCGGUUUGCUUUUCAGCAUCUUGUGCUUAUCAACCCAGUACCAACAAUUGGCGGAGGGCUCCGCCGACCACCAACUACUGACGAGCCUGUAUCUAUUCCGCGAGCGCACGAUCAACUGCUUGGCCUUGGGUCAGUUCACACGAGGUGGCCCGCAUGUCCUCGAGACGCUGAUAUUGUCCUGCGCUACAGAGGCCCUCCUGUCCAAGGAUGCGGAGAUGGGUCCUUGGCUGCUGCUGGGCACGCUGGUACAGCUCGCCCUGAGCUCAGGAUACCAUCGGGAGCCCCGCAACUCAAAUAUCUCCGUGUUCUCUUGUGAGAUGCGGCGGCGCGUGUGGGCUGUCAUUGUGCAGAUGGACUUGAAGUUGUCUAGCCAAAUCGGCUUGCCGCGCCUUCUCAACACAUACCAAUGUGACACGGCGGAGCCACGUAACCUACUUGAUUCAGACUUUGAUGAAACAACAGAGGAAUUGCCUCCGUCACGGCCCGAGACAGAAAUCACGCCAGUUCUGUACGGCCUGGCGAAGAACCGAAUCGACCGAGUGGGUGGGCUCAUCAGCGAUUUGAUUUCCGACAUCAGGGACCACCCCUACUCGGAGAUCAUGGACCUCGAUCGCAAGCUCCACGACGCCGAGGACUCUCUUCCAGCUAUCUUCCGAUGGCAGCCACUGAGUCAGUCGUUCAUGGUGGCCCCGCAUGUUAUUAUGCACAGGGUCUGGCUGCGUCUUGCCGUGCAACGACUCCUCAUCUCGUUGCACCGCAAAUAUCUCGCUCCUACCUCCGUAGAUGAAGUGGAGCUCUUCGAGUACUCGCGCCGCGUCUGUGUUGAAGCCGCCAUCCAAAUUCUUGAAACCCAGAAGCUCGUCGAUGAGGAGACGCAGAUUGGUGGGCAGCUGGAAUCUGUUCGCUGGAUACAAACCUCAUUGGCCCAGUCCUGCUACCUCCUCGGUAUGAGCGUGCUCUGCUACUACCUGCAGCUAGUCAAGAGAGCGAGUCCACCCCUACCGGAAGACUGUGAGGGCACGAAGGCCCGUAUUCACGAUUUACUUCAUGUUACGUACCCGAUGUGGCUGCGAUCAAGUACUGUUUCGAGAGAGGCAAGGCGCGCUGUAGAACAUCUGAGUCUGCUCUUCGGCCUGAGGAGCGGCACUUCCACGUGUUCUUUGCAGGAGGAUGAGAUGACAUCUUGUCUGUCUGCAGAACAGAACAUCGCUAUGUCGAUUGACCCGGUUACAUGGGAUGCUUAUCAAGAGUGCAUCGCCAAUCUUCCCGAGGUAUUAUAUGAACAAAUUCUUACUCCUGAUGUCACUGGGCCCAUUUCCCUUGAAACUCCGCGCGUGCACAAUGCGUUGUCUCUGGCUUUCUGCGCUCUUCCGCAAUUGGAUGGCUCUUUCUAUCUUCAUGAGCUGGAUUAUCUCGCUUCACUGGGUAGUCGGCUUACCGGCUCCGCGAACCAAGCGCUGCUCAUCAACCACAUCAGGCGGGAACUCCAGAACCUCGGCUUCCAUGUCUAUUCAGACAAUUACAACUUUCAGUAUCAACGCCCACCUUCGGACCCCAUCAACCUAACCAUCAACGGAGAGUCCGUGCCAGCGUCAGGCUUUGUCCCUUACGCUGGAGUCACAGAUGCAGAGGGGGUGGAAGGUCGCUUGGUAGAGAUAGAGGUCCCUGAAUCUUACACUGAGUCACCAGAUUGGUCCCUGGCGGCUGGAAACAUUGCCCUGGUGAACCUUUACAACACACCCCUGGAUGGAGCCAAUAGAUUUCCAGUUUGGCACGGAUCUUCGAAAUGGUCCGGAACUAUACCGGGCAUACCCGCGACGAACCCCGGCGUUCGGAACAUCAGUCUGGCUACAGAGGCAGGGGUCAAGGGAAUCAUUUAUAAUUGGAAGAACAUCACAUCUUUCAAUGCCUAUGCCCAGUACGGGCCAUUCAAGCAGAACGACCAAGGCACCCCGGCGAUUUAUGUGACUGACCAGGCUCUCCGUCAAGUUGAGGCACGAAAUGGAUCACGCGCCUCUUUCACAUCUAAUGGAGCGAUGAUUAAUGACACCCACACCGAAACUAUAUGGGUCGUUAUUGAGGGAACAAAUUUGAAGAACGAGACCGUUCUCGUCAACACCCAUACCGACGGCUGCAACGUGGUCCAAGAGAACGGGUACAUUCCUAUGCUGGCGAGAGCCAGAGAAUUGGCCCAUUCGCCGCCCUGCCGGACAACGAUUCUGCUUUUCCUGUCCGGUCACCUGCACACCUCAGGAUUCACCGACAAGGGAAGAAUCACCGAACGAUGGCUGGAGGAUCAUCCGGACCUUUGGGCUGAGAGCUCUGGGUCGGGCAAGAAGGCGGUAUUUGGAUCUUGUGUCGAGCAUCUUGGGGCAGCCCACUGGAAGGAAGACCUUCCCAAUGAGCUGUACUACCCGACGGGUGCGGUGGAGGAUGAACUGCUGUAUGCGUCAAGUCAAAAGCUAGCUGACAUGAUCGGUGGCUUUUGGAAAGGCGCCGACCCGGCCGUCUUGAGAAUUGUGAACCCGCAUGCCAUGAGCUCUGAGCAGUCCGGAGAGGGCCUGGCCUAUCUGUGGCAUGAUAUUCCGGAGGUUUCUAUCUGCACAGCUCCGGAUUGGCUGCUCAAGGUUUUCCCACCGACCUUUGACCAGAUGUCACUUGUCGACGUGCAGGCCGUUAGGCGACAGAGCGAAAGCCUGCUCAAGCUAUGGGGAGCUGUUGAUCACCUCAGCUCUGAGGAUAUCAGGCAUCUCUAG